CAUCAAGACUUACAUACUUACUUAUCAGGCGCUACAACCGCUUUGCGGUCUUGGCCUGCUGCAACAAUCCUCGAUACCGCUCACGGUUUAAACAUCAAGACACUUAACUUAAAAUUGUAAACUAUUCCGAUCACCCGCGUAUCAUGUGAGGUUAGGUGUAGCAAAGCUCAACUCUAAUCGGGUUAGCUUUGUUCCCGGGACGUGUGAGCUCCAUGUUACUGAAUAAUACCUGCACCCAGUCUCGUAGAUGGAACUCGUCCGGUGACCUCGUGGUACUCGGCUGCUUGAUAAUGCCGACCGGUCAGCGCACAGCGCCGUUUCAAUCCAUCCAGUGUUGUGUCUUGUGUCAUAACAUAACUAGUCCGACCAUCGAGACGAUCAUCAUUUAGCUAGACAAUUCUAAGUCAACGUAUUUUUUUCACCAUGCCAUCCAUUAGUACACGUGGAAUGAUGCUGCAAGACGGCCGAAAGCCUUUGGUGCUGUUGAUAGUUUUUAUUGCAUCUGUAACCUCUCUACCAUUGGUACCGACACCGGAACAGGAACUGGAAGUUGAACGUAGCUCCAGCGUGGAAAGAGCCUCUGACACAACGGUGGGGAAAUGUUUGGAGACGUCAACGCUGGUGUACGUGGAGACGGUGAUCGUUGUGAAGGACAACUCGAGUCUCGUCCAUGGAACAAUAGAGGUGUCUAUCGGAAAACCAAUAAUUAUUGAUUGUGUGCGUAUUGUCGCAAAAACAGAACAUGAUCGGCUGGCGUUGAAGGGGUUCCAGCUUUUGAGCACGAAUAGAAUCAAAAUAAGCGUCGCAGAGGAGGACCCAUCACAGUCAAAUGCGCUCGAAUACUCCGUGCAUAUCUUCGCAACGAUUACAGCAAAGAAGUCGUAAAUAAAUACGUCGCACCACCGCAAACAGUGGACUAAUAAUUGCAUUUUUCCUGAAUGUAUUUUACAAGAUUGCGUCUAAAAUGCAUAUUUUAAAUAAUAAGAUUUUUAAUUGCAACU